GGACAGAACCAGGAAUACGAGUUUUAGCGGAAGAGGACAUAAGACGAUAAGCGUCGAAAAAUUGGAUUUUAGUUUGGUUUUGACCGUGACAGCGAACGGAACGUGAUCAUAGUGGGUUUAAAGUGCGGUGUGUUGUUUGUGUCAUAUUGAGAAAUUACUAUUCUUUUGGCAACAUGAAACUAUUCAUUGGCGUUGUUGCACUGCUGGUGGUUUCGGCUUGUGCUCAUAGUGAAGGUAAAGAUGCAGCCCAGAAGAGCAAAUCGGAUGUGGCUACGUUCGAGGAGAUUAAGGUGGAGUCGUCGCUGAAUGUGCGGAAAAAUAAUCCAGCUGCCCGGCGACACGUGCGAAGCGUUGUGGAACUGCUGAUGCCCAGCGUGGUUCGAACUAAGCGACAGUUUGGUGGUGGGUUCGGAGCGGCCAGUUCCCAGGCGAAUGCCAACGCCUUCAACCAGCAGUUUGGCCCGCAAGGUUUUGGCGCCAGCGCUGCUAACGCCGGCGCUCAGUCGUUCUACAACCAGGGACCGGGUGGCGGCUUUGGAGCCUCGGCGGCGAACGCCGCUUCGCAGGGAUUCCAGGCUGGGCCGGGUGGAUUCUCGGGAUCGGCCAGCCAGUCCGGUAGUCAGUCCUACAAGCUGCCCGGAAAUCGCGACGUCAGCCUCUCGUACUCUGGUGGAUUCUCGGUAGCUGACGGCAAACCAAGCGUAUCACAAGGAAACUCGAUCAGCUUCUCAGGAUAAACGAACGCGUCCCGAAACGAGCCAUAAAAAUGAACAAAUUGAAACCAGACUAAAUUAAAUCUAAAUCUAUUUUAAAACACGAAA